AUGGUGAUUAUGAUGACGGAUGCAAUUACGACGAGCAUAAUCAAUACGAUGACCAGGAUGGAGAUGACGGACAAGGAGGAUACGGCGACGAUUCAUGGAAACAUGGACAUGAUGGUCAGCAUCAUGAUCACAACCAACACGGUAGCUGGGACCCGUUGCACGACGGUCACCAUCACCACCAACACGAUGGAUCAGAUGGAAACGACUACCAAGAUGAUGGACAGGAUGAUGGACAUCAAGAAGGACAGCAUGGCUGGGAUCACAGCGGCCACAUGGGAUACGGUCACGACGAUGGCAGUGGUCACCAAAAGCACCAUGACGAGGACUGCCAUGACCCGAGCCAUGAAGGUGACUCCCAUCAGCAGAAGCACGACGGGAGCGAGGACUGUCACCAACAACAGCAGCACGAUGGGAGCGACGACUGCCACGAGCAGCAGCACCACCAAGAUAGCUCAUGCCAAGAUAUGUAACGGUCUCGUACCCAGGAGUGAAGGCCUGCGAGAACGGUGGAUGUUUAAGAUGGCGGCGGGAAAGAGUCGUCGAUGGUGCUGA